AUGGCGGCGAAAGGGCAGGGGUCCGACGACGACCUCAAGACGUCAUGGCCGGAGCUGGUGGGAUCGCCGGGGCACUUCGCGCAUGACAUGAUCCACAAGGACAGGCCGGACGUGCAGAUCCCGGUGCUGGUGGUCGGCACGCAGGUGCCGCCGGACUACGACGACAAGCGCGUCCGCCUCUUCGUCUACCAAGACUACAAUCUGAAGGUCACCCUCACCCCCGUCGUCGGCUAG